AUGGAUGGAAUGCUUGGAUCCAGCUUCGCCAGCCUUACCCAACAGGCACAGUGCCACACAUACUUCCAAGUCGUGAUCAUGGCUGCAGUUCUUUAUGACCACGUCAUAACAUUGGACAUAGAGGUCGAGCUCAUCUGGGUAUGGUUAAAUGCGGGGGUGAGACCUGCUAUUGAUUGUGUUCACAGAAGAAAAAAUGGUCUGCUGUGA